AGAGCAGCAAAGGCGAGCAGACAAUCGAUCUCGCAACCUCGCAUCCAUCCCAAAACCCUCUGAUCUCUCACAACCACAACUACAAUCUCAACCCAUCAAACCACAUCAAACCACCUCCGAACCUCACGAAUUCUACCUCCACAACACCCUCACCUACCAACUAAGAGCUCUUCAGGCUGAGAUCCUCAUCUCACCCUUACAUCACUCUAUCUUCCCUCCCCUUCCACAAACCAACUUCACCCCCGACAGUAUGGCGGAGAUCCGUCGGAAGCUCGUCAUCGUCGGUGACGGUGCUUGUGGUAAGACUUGUCUGUUGAUUGUUUUCUCCAAGGGCACUUUCCCAGAGGUCUACGUCCCAACCGUCUUCGAGAACUAUGUGGCCGAUGUUGAGGUCGAUGGAAAGCACGUCGAGCUGGCUCUUUGGGAUACGGCUGGCCAGGAGGAUUACGACCGUCUCCGCCCGCUCUCCUACCCCGAUUCCCACGUAAUCCUCAUCUGCUUCGCCGUCGACUCCCCCGACUCGCUCGACAACGUCCAGGAGAAGUGGAUCUCCGAAGUGCUGCAUUUCUGCCAAGGGCUCCCAAUCAUCCUCGUCGGAUGUAAGAAGGAUCUUCGUUACGACCAGAAGACCAUCGAGGAGCUUCACAAGACCAGCCAGAAGCCAGUUACACCAGAGCAGGGAGAGGAGGUCAGGAAGAAGAUUGGUGCCUACAAGUAUCUCGAGUGUUCCGCAAAGACCAACGAGGGUGUUCGCGAGGUCUUUGAGCACGCAACCCGUGCCGCUCUUCUCUCCAAGAAGGGAGGCAAGAAGAGCCACAAGUGCCUCAUCCUGUAGACAUAUCGAUACCAACUCUCUAUGCAAAUCAACCUCAAUUUUUUUUGCUUCGUCCGGUCUCAAGUCAGUGAGAUGGUUGUUGUUGUUGUUGGCUGAAAGUACGAAAAAGGACUGCCUGCGUCUACGCCCCGUCGUUCCCCCACGCUCAAGAUCGGUUGAUGUUAAUGGAACCUCCUCCUUCAGAACCCCCCCGUUUUCGGAAAGAAUAAGAGGUUGAGAGCAUGCAUGCCUUUUAACUACUCCUACCGUGUUUUGCUGCGGGCUCGGAUCAUUGCCAUCACAUCAGGGUUGUUCUACCCCUCCCCCUUUUUCGUCUCUGGGCUGGAUGAAGGGGAUUGGCGUUGGUCCGGCGUGCAGGCGAGCACUCUCUUCUAUCUAUCUCUCUCUCUCUCUCCGCGCUAUUUUGUGUCUGGAGCCUCUCGCACGCAUGGUUGCCCCGUUUCUUCUUCUCUUGCAAUUUGAGUGCGCUGGGUGGGCGACGGGCUACUUCUCUCUGCGGCGUCACUGCGUUUUGUGUAUGUGUGUGGUGCGUGUGUGGUCUCUCUGUGUGUGUGUGGCUUGCCCUGCUGUUGUUGUUGUCGUUUGGUGGUGGUUGGUGGUGGUGGUGGUGCCGGUCUGACUGCUUCUUACCCGUGUUUCUGUCUCGUUGGUUGGUCUGAAACAUUUCGAGCUGUCUGUCGGGUGAAUGAUGGUCAAUGUGUCCCGGACCGAUUCGCAUUUUCCAUGGUGUAAUAGCAAUAGGCCGUAGUUUAUUUGAAGAUCUCUUUCCUCACUGUGAGGGUUUGCCUGUGUGUGGUGUGUGUGUGGUGAUUUGUGGUGGGGGGCGUGCUCGUGCUGUUGAUGCUUGGUGUGGGUGGUGUUAACAUUGAUUAUAGCGGGGAUUUCCUCUUUUCUUCUUCUGCUUCACUGCUGUACUCUCCACUACAGUCGGCGAAGGGAUUCUCGAGAUUCUGUUGGCUAGGCAUGGUAUAAAUGAGAAACGUCCCCCUUUUCAGUCAAGGGUUUAGGCAAUGAAGCCCCCUCGAGAUAAAUGGACACCCUCUACGAAAUAUGAUCUCGCAAAGGCCAACACAAUCAACUCGAUCCAGGUUUAUACUAUAGUCUUCCAUAGGUCCUCAACCACAAGCUGGAACUAAUUACCAAGAUCGGUUCAGUUAUUUAGGUGUGCAUGUCUUACCCAUUAGACUACGGGGUUGGUUGGAUUGAGGGGUAGCAAGUAUAGAGUGAUAUAUCGGAGGUCCUGGGCACUUAGGGGAGCUGGGGAAUUCUACAUCACACUACUUGGGAUAUAAUUUGCAAUCCCUUUCCAGUCAUUUAUUUAAUGGCUUCUCGUACUAUGUAUUAUAAUUUACUUUGUUCUAAAGACAUGGGCCUUGAGUAUUUGAAUUGGAUUUGCAUGUGUUUGUGGCAUAUCCAUUCUCCGGGA